AAUGCAGUUAUGAUUUUUUAAAAUAUAAAUUUAAUUUAAAAUUAGGAUAACUUCUACUUUGUCUCUUUUGAAUAAUGAUCUUAAUGACUAAGCUUGUUAUAAUAAUAAUAUAGAUUAUAAUUAGAAAUAUAAUUUGUAUCCGCAUGUUCUGCAGUCUGUUUGAAAAAAAAAGUGAGUUACUAGUGGACCAUGGGGCAGCAAAGUUAUUUCAUGUUUUUAUUGGCUGUUGUACCUAAAUGUCUAAUGGGGAGGUGUAUUCUUUGUGGGCUUGGAGCAUUUGUAAUGAUGUAAUCAGCAGGAAGAAGAAGGAAAAACUUUGGGGAUUUAUUAUGUGGACGUGUAAAGUUGUUUAUGGAUUCUUUCUCUUUAAUGGGAUCAGAAGGUACAUAAAUUAAUGUUUUUAAGGGCAGAGAGUCUGUAUUCAUUGAAGUUAUUUCAGAAGGGAAGCCUGAAAUCUGCCAAGCUCUCAGUGCUGUACAGAUAUGGGGCAUGCCACCCUGCCAAGGGCCCUUUGGAUUGCCGUUCCAACACUGAGUUUGAUUCCAAAUCAUUUGUGCAGCAGAAGGGGUGUCAGAAAUCACACUGAGUGAGGUCAGUGCUGCUGUUCUGACAAAGCCAUCCUUUUUGACAUUUUAAAGAAUUUUAGGCACAGCACACAAAUACAUAAGUCAACACAAAUAAGACAAAACACAAGAUGGAACCAUUUACAGGUACAAUAAAUUGAGAGUAAAAUUAAAGAGGCUGUGGUGUAAUUGGAUCCAAGCAGGGAUACCUGGAAGAAUGUGUGUGUUGACAACCUCAUCCUGACUAAAGUGUUAACGUACUGUGGUACAAUAAACUGAAAGUCUAUUUAAAUCUAGUCUAGAUAUAAAACUGCGGUUGUAAUGAUCACCAAUUGCCUGUUGCCUAUUGUUAUGGAUUGUUACGAUCAGACAUGGGCUGUCUGUUUCUUAAAUGGAUUGUUAUGAGCAAAUAUGGUCUGACUGUUAUGCAUUUAUCAAACUUAUCUGUUACCUACUGUGAUGAUUAGCAAUGGGCUGUUUUUGGGCUUUGUGGUCAGCACUUGGAUGCAGUUGAAUUGCCAGGGGAAAGUAUUUAGUAAUUAUAGUGCACUGAUGUUCAUAUGCUGUUGAAAAACUGCCGUUGUAACCAAAAGGUAAUGAAUGACAGUUACGGCAUUAUAUAUCAUGAUAUUCAUUCCUUAAUAACAUAUCAAUAGUGGCAAUAUUAAUAGUUGUAAAAUUUAUAAUGGUUUGAAGAAAUGUGGCUCUUGUCUAUCCAACCAUUAUCUAUAUCCGCUUAUUUCUUGUCAGGGUCGCGGGGGGUGCUGGAGCCUAUCCCAGCGUGCAUUGGAAUACACCCUGGACAGGUCGCCAAUCUAUCACAGGGCACAUGCUAUUCACUCACCAGUCGCACACUCAUUUAUGGGCUAUGUAGAAUCUCCAAUUAGCCUACCUGCAUGUCUUUGGGCUGUGGGAGGAAACCGGAGUACCCGGAGGAAACCCAUGCAGACAUGGGGAAACCCUGGACCUUCUUGCUGUGAGGCGACAGUGCUACAUACUGCACCGUCAUGUCACCUUGUGGCUCUUGUGAAAUUUUAUUUUAUUUUUAAAUGUUUUUUUUUUUUUUUAAAUAUUAAUGUGGCUUGAGUACCACUUAUCUAGAUUUUCCCAUGGAGCAAAAAAAGUUGGGUUUGUCUCCCUGAUGUAAAAAAAAGUGUGACACAUGACAUAUCUGACAAACAACAGCAGUAUUCAUUGGUCAAAGAAAGAGAAUAAACAAGGCACUGGGAAAUUGUCACAUUACCACUGCUCUACCUGCCCUGUAUCCACUUACAGUGUUAAUCAAUAAUUCAGUUGGUUUUGAAAAACAGUAGAGUGGAGUGACAAUUCACAAUUCGGUUAGCUAAUAUUGCGCUUCUCAGGUGCAUGGAUUAUCAUCUGUGAAGCAAGAAAGACAAAUCGAACAAAAUAUCCCACAAUGCAGUUGUAGAAUUGAAUUUAUCUACCAUCUUCAGCAGGAUGUUUGCUGCAGCUACUAAGAACUUUGUGAAGCAGGUCGGAGACACUGGGAGGCUUAUUCCUGUCCCUAGUUUGAGCGAAGCUGAUCGAUAUCAACCCCUAAGCCUUGUCACCAAGAAAAAGAAGGCACACUUCUGGAAGAAAACCAAAUAUGCCUCCACCCCCUUCUCUUUAAAAGACAUACUCGUGGGUGAAAAGGAAAUAACAGCAGGUGUUUCCUCCUACCAGCUGCUUAACUAUGAAGAUAAGUCAGAUGUCUCCCUGAAUGGGCGAUUGGGGAAUCACCUUGUAAAUGAUGUUGGUUUCAACAUCAGUGGAUCAGACUCUGUUGCUGUCAAAGCCUCCUUUGGUAUUGUGACAAAGCAUGAAGUGGAGGUUCCCACAUUAUUAAGAGAACUUACCUCAAGGAAGGUGGACCUAGACCACUGUCUGAUCCGCCAGUCCAAGGAGAGUGGGAGGGCUGUUCUAUGUGUUGUCAUGGAGAGCAUUCGCACGACCCGCCAGUGUUCUCUCACUGUACAUGCAGGCAUGCAUGGGAGAACCAUGAGGUUUCAGAUUGAUGAUGGGCGGAACCCGAAAGGUCGUGACAAGGCUAUAGUUAUUCCAGCUCACACAACUAUAGCAUUCAGUAUAUUUGAACUUUUUAUCCGAUUGGAUGGUCGUCUUGAUAUAUGUGUCACAUCUGAGACACAGGGUGGCUUUGAGAAAGAACAGAUCAGAGAGCAGCUUGGUGGCUUCAUUGGACGGUUUUCCAUGGGGAGGUUGCGGAGAUUUCUGUCAGGCAUUGUUUACGGAAAUCCCUUUCGAGCAGAUGACAGAACAUUUGAAGAACUCACGCAUUCAGACGUGUACAUGGAUGAUUUAGUGGCAGACUAUUAUGAGAAGGCAGCGAGUAUGACUGACAUCUCUACCAGUUACCUCAGAGAGGGAUCUCACACCCGUGUAAAUCUACUUAACCAUAACAUUCCCAAAGGCCCCUGUGCGCUGUGUGGCAUGGGUCAUCAAAGACGUGAGACGGUGUAUGGCUGCCUUGAAUGCUCCUCAAAUGGACAGAAGUAUGUCAGAUUGCAUGUUGUACCAUGCUUUGAUCUGUGGCACAAAACCAUGAGGUGAAUCAGCAUAGGUUUCUCGCACUAACUGCAUUGUGGUGCUACAUCUCAAAUUCUGACUGUGUUCCCUUGCUCUGAUGGAAAGUAGAUAGCGUUUUUUUUUGUUGUUUAAUGUAUUAGCAAGAGAGUGGCACAAAAGAUGAUCCCUAGCUUUAGCCCCAGCUCCACCCCCUCCCCAUGAAAAAAAUGUCAUGCCAGUAGCAUCUGUUAGACUCAUUGGAGUGGAAUGUGAGUAAAUAAUUCACAAUUUAAAAUACUGACUAGAGCAUUGGGUUAAUGCCAGCAAAGCUAAAGUUCCUUUGACAACAGAAAACAGUUUGUUUUUUGUGUACAAUCAAUUUGACACCAAUGAUACACUGUCAUACGUAUGUAAUGUUUACUGCAGAACUGUGUGCUGUACAUGAGUGAUAAUCUAACAGUGAAAUUUCUAUAUUUUCAUUUAUUAGGUCAUUUUUGAUCAUCAAAUUGACAUAGUAUGAAACAGCAUCUGACUUUUCAUUAAACUAUGCAUUUUUAAUAGAGUACCCACUAAAAUUUGGGGAGGGUGUUUACCAGAUAAAAUGUCUUGGUAUCUUAACCACACUU